GCUCAAUUAAAAAGCAAAACCUCCCACCAAAAAUAAAAUCCCCCAAGUCAUCAUUUCCUGCCCCCAAACUCAAAACCCUAAUCCAACGAAUUGUUCCUCUCGUCUUCCACAAAUUUACCCCUUUUUUCUCAAUUAAUCCCCUCCAUUUCCCGAAUGAUCAUUCCCUGGUGAAAAUUCACCUCACAUUCUCCCAAAUUUCCCCCCAAAAAAGUCCGUCACCGAAAUGACAGACCCCCAGAGGCCAGCUGCGCCGUCUGCGGACAACAAAAACGCUCUUUUAUCUCCGACAAGCUCCCGCUCCGUCACUGAGACGGUGAAUGGGUCCCAUAAGUUUGUAAUUCAGGGGUAUUCUUUGGCGAAAGGCAUGGGAAUCGGUAAGCACAUCGCCAGCGAUAAUUUUACAGUCGGAGGGUAUCAAUGGGCGAUUUAUUUCUACCCCGACGGCAAGAAUCCCGAGGAUAAUUCGACUUAUGUGUCCGUUUUCAUCGCAUUAGCGAGUGAAGGCACCGAUGUUAGGGCUUUGUUUGAAUUGACGCUAAUGGAUCAGAGUGGAAAAGGGAAACAUAAGGUUCAUAGUCAUUUCGAUCGCUCGCUUGAGAGUGGACCUUACACCUUAAAAUACCGUGGGAGCAUGUGGGGUUAUAAACGGUUUUUCAGACGAGCAAUGCUUGAAAGUUCAGAUUAUCUCAAGGAUGAUUGCUUGAAAAUCAAUUGUACUGUUGGAGUCGUGGUCUCUGCAAUAGACUGUUCAAGGCUACAUUCAAUUCAGGUCCCUGAUUCUGAUAUUGGAGCACAUUUCGGCAUGCUGUUGGAAAACAUGGAAGGUUCGGACAUUAUUUUUAACGUGUCUGGUGAAACAUUUCAUGCCCAUAAAUUGGUAUUGGCUGCUCGUUCCCCUAUAUUUCGCUCCGACUUUUUUGAUGGUUCAGAAGGCAAUCUUCAGGAAAUUAUGGUUACCGAUAUGGAACCCAAGGUCUUUGAGGCUAUGCUGCAUUUCAUAUAUAGAGAUACUCUUGUAGAAGAUGAGCUGGUAGCUUCUAGCUCUUCUUCUAAUCCUUCUGAUUCAUUGACGGCGAAGUUGCUGGCAGCAGCUGAUCGAUAUGAUUUGGGAAGGCUAAGAAGGAUGUGUGAAUCCUAUCUCUGCAAGGAGAUAUGUGUGAACUCUGUUGCUAAAACUCUUGCCCUGGCUGACUGCUAUCAUGCUGCAGAAUUAAAAGCUGUUUGCCUCAGAUUUGCUGCUGAAAACCUUGCUGCAAACUGGAAAUAUGAGCAUUGGCAUUCAGACUAUUCAAUAUUUCAUGUUCUGUGGAAUUAAAAUCCCAGAUCACAUUCCAGUGCAGUUUCACUUCCUGCCUAUCAAGCAGUCCUAAGAGGAUGAAGCUGUAAACUGUGCUUUCUGCUUCACUAAAAAAGAGUCUCCUAUUCAGGAAGUCAGACUAAUAAUCCUAGCGACUUGUUUUUAGACUUGAGAUUUAGCUACCUGUCAUCUUUGUUUCUUGGUAAACUUUGAGGCUGGUUGAUACAAAACUUUCCUUGCUGUUGUUUCUUCCUUUUUAAAGGUUAAUACUUGUUUGAUAGCUCGAGGGAUGAAGUUGUACCUACACCUACUGCAUCCUUGUUUAGUUCUUUUCUUCCA